AUGGCCUCACGACACGUGCCCAAUGCCCCUAGGGGCAUUGGCCAGCAAAGGGUGGUGACAUAUGCAGGCCAAGCCCGUAAACGACCAUCGACCACGGCAACAACCCGCGAUCCGGACCCCGAUUCGUCGCGAUCGAAGUUGUCGCAAAUCUACGAUUACCCGUCGUCGCCCGAGAGUACAUAUCAACCCUCGAAACUGCAAGACUCCUCGCUUAAAGUAUCAAAAAAGAUUCCCAUAUCGUCCUCAUCAAAACCAAAUUCCAGUACUGCGCCAAGCAAGACACCACGGCCGUCUCCUUCGAAAAAUGGACUGGCAAGGAAGCGUGAUCAUGCUGCCGCCUUUCCUGCAGAUCGCGGCCAAAAGACCCCCAAAAAUAAAGCCAACGAUGAGAAAGAUGGUAGUAGAAAUGCAGCAGAUAUCCUAGCACGGCCAGGCCCCUCCAACUUCACUCAGCAUGACGCAAAACAAGCUUGGAAAAACCGUAGCUCUGAUAGAGAUCUGGUUUCUGCUAGCGCAACGCCAGUGAAACGUACAAAUGCAAGUUCUUCACGACGACCACGCCUGAUAGAUGCUCUCGCCGCCCAGAAGAAGUCGCUCUCUCCGGGUGAUGACGACGGAGAACGAGAACCGUCACUAGGAGUUGAACAGACAUCGGAUAUGCGUCGGGAUUUCCAAUCCCAAGACGCAGGCCGGAGCAUUCGCACUCCAGAUCGUCGGGGAACGACAACGCCAGCUAACCGGAAAGUUCGGUUCACCUACAGUCAGUCUCGACGGAUCGUCAGCGAAUCGCAAACCCCGGAGCUUUUCGACAGCCCUAGUAGAGCUCAGGAGAAUGAGCUCGAUCCUUUACUAGCCGAGACGCGCGCGAUUUCCAGUCCUCCGGCCGAUGCCUUCGCCCCCGACGACUCUGAUGAUGAGGACAAUACUCAACCUGCGAUCAAGAGUGUCCAUGAGUUAAGGCGCGCAGGCGCAAACAAUAGGUUUGCGGACGAGAUGGACGAUUUAAUAGCAAGAAUUGGUCUUCCGGGUACGAGCAGCGCUACCAUGAGACGAAAUGCGCUCUGCGAACUGGUACAGAAGCUUCAACGGAAGGAGUUUAUGAGACAAUUUCGAGACCACACUUCUCGAGAUACGGUUGCUCGAGAUAUUGGAAAAGAACAGGACAUCAUCUGUGGCUUCGCUCUAGUAUCCUACCUGCUUUCCUUUUUAACCGCUGGGCCGGCUCCAAAUCUGCUACGACAACUAGCAGGAGAUGGUGUCGGUAGGCUGUUGGGACUACUUCUUCGUGUAGACGAGGACAUUACAAUUAUUGCCUCCCAGAAGAAGAUGAACAUGUCUAGAAUGUCGAAAUUGUCGGUCGAUGGGGUGAAGUCCAUUUUGCAAGGCCUACCAAUAUGGCAUGGCUACCAACCUGUCUCUCCGUCCCCACGAACAGCCGCUCUUCAGCUGAUGGCCCUGCUUAGCCGCUGCGCAGACGCGGUGUUCCUGGAUCAAAUUCUCUCGGACGCACACUCAGAUAUUGUUUCCGUUGCUACCUGGGCAAGCGAGGAAGGAUCUUGCGACGAGGUGGACUAUGCUCUAACUGUAUUCACCCUCGAAACACAGUCCAGCGCUGGAGUAGCCCCAAGGCUGAAUUCAGACGGCGGCCAUCCAGCAAGGAUCGCCAAGCUGCUUUCGCGAGCACUCCAGCAGUGGCCGAGUGGACGGCCAGAGCUAGACUCAGCGAUUCUGAAGCUGGCCAUUAAUACCACCAAUGCUGAGGAUGAAGCGGCAGCAUUUGAUGACCCGCAACUUUCUACAAAGCUAGCGCGUCGUGUUGGCUACCUAUUUGCCGACGUACGCAGUACAAUUUUUGCGGGCAAGUUGGACGGCGAGACAUAUGAUGAACUCUUGCUCAUGCUGGGCGUCAUGAUAAACAUCAUGGAGCACUGCACUCCCGCGAGAAGGGCCGUAACAGAGGACACCAUGGACAAUCUAGUAAAGUUGUGGCAGGAUAACAAGGAGUCUGUUGGCGAGGCGGACUCUGUAGACAAAUCCAAAUUGAGCGUUGCCGUUGGAUACUUGUCUGUGCUACUCGGGUACAUGUGUCUAACAAGACAGGCGAGGGGUCGCCUUGAGCACCGUGUUGGCAAUGGGGCACUGCAAAGCCUCCGAACUUCGAUCCAACAGUUCGCAAGCAUGUAUAAAGCCGUGGAUAACAAAGCUCACGCAAUGGACAUUCUCGUACAGGAGCUUCGGCGGGUAGUUUGA